AUAAGUUCCUUAAAAUUACGUAAAUAAAUUUUGUUUUUUUUUCUUGGAGUUCCGCCUCAUCGAAAACUGAAUCCGCCUAUGCGUAUCAUAAUAAAUAUGCUACGAGAAUAUCUAUUAAAACUGCGUUAUCGUCUUGAUUGACCGCGUAACGAAUAAAAGUUAUUCGAAUAACAGCAGUAACAAAAUUUCGACAAACUUCGUGUGCAGACGCAGUACUGCUGGGCAUUAAAAAAGCAGGUUGUAAGUAAAUACUCAUCUUGUUAUGGGGACUGCUGAAGACGAAGCGAGUUUUCGCUGGCUAAAUGAAUACGAGAAAACAUGGGAAGCAAUCCAGGAAGAUGAUGAUGGACUUCUUCAAUCUUCCAUUGAUGAAAUUGUUCAUCAAGCUAAAAGAAAAAGACUUCUUGUUCGCAAAGGAAAUGUCAGGCUGGGUAUGAUGCGGCAUUUGUACAUUAUUUUGGAUAUGUCAAAAUCUAUGAAAGAAAGUGAUUUACUGCGCCCUUCACGACUGGCGUGUCUUACAAAGCUUCUGGAGAAUUUCAUUGUUGAAUAUUUUGACCAAAAUCCAAUAUCUCAGUUGGGGAUAAUUGCUACACGUAAUAAAAGAGCGGAAAAGAUAACUGAUUUAAGUGGUAAUCCAAAUAUUCACAUAGCUGCUCUGCAAAACUUUGUCAAAUCAGGCCCGGAAGGAGAACCAUCUCUUCAGAACAGUCUUGAUAUGGCAUUACAAUUUUUAGGCCAUCUUCCAAAACAUGCCAGUAGAGAGAUUCUGAUUGUGUUUGGUAGUUUAACAACCUGUGAUCCUGGUGAUAUAUUUACUACUAUUAAUAAUUUAAAAAAUGAAAACAUACGUUGCUCAGUACUAGGAUUAUCUGCUGAAAUUAAGCUUUGCAAAACUAUUUCAUCUGAGACCAAUGGAAUAUACAAUGUGAUCUUAGAUGAAAAACAUUGUAAUGAUUUGCUUCUGGAGCAUAUUCGUCCUCCUGCUGCAAAGUUAAACGUUGAAGCUUCUCUUGUUAGAAUGGGUUUUCCUCAACACAUUUCUAAUACCUAUCCAGCUCUAUGCCUUUGUCACAUUGAACUGAAAAAUAUGCAAGGUUUCAAUUGCACUGGCUACUUUUGUCCUCAGUGCAAGAAUAAAUAUUGUGAACUUCCUGUUGAGUGUAAAGUUUGUGGAUUAACAUUAGUCUCUGCUCCUCAUUUGGCACGUUCAUAUCAGCAUCUCUUUCCUUUACCACCAUUUGAAGAAGUACGUCGAAUUGAGACUGCAGCUAAUAAAAAUAGCAUAUGUCAAGGAUGUCAAAGGAACUGUAUUGAUGCCAUUGUAUAUAUCUGUAAAGAAUGUAAAGAGAUGUUUUGCAACGAUUGUGAUAUGUUCAUACAUGAAACUCUUCAUACAUGUCCAGGAUGCACUAGCAAGCAGCAGUUAUGAUAGCGUUACUACUUAAGAAUGUGGUCAAAAUGAUGGAAGUGAUACUUGUGGCAAUCACGAAACAAGCAUGCUUUGAAAUAUUUAGAAAUUAGAAUUGUAUUGAGCAGGCUUUGAAAUACCGUAUUUUGAAUUUUGAAAAUUGAAAAGUUAAAAUAAAAGUGAACCUGAUUUUUAAAAUCAAAUACAAGUAAUAAUUUGUAAGUGAUGUAAAAGAGUAUAUUCUUUAUUA